GUCUUGGCAAGUAUGGUUAGUGGAAGUGACGUGCAUGUUUCCUGGAGAGAGCUGUGAUGACAUCGCCUUAAGUAUCUGGGGGAGACUGUGCAGAUCAGUCACUUGGAUUAAUCCCUCGCUUUAUCAUGUGAUCUAAAACCUGGACGAGCCCAUGGGUUCUCCUUGUGUGUCAGCUGUACAUGUAAGAUUGACCAUUGAGCUGUCCACAUGGGUAGCUGGAAAAUGAGCAGAGUAACUUCAUGAUUACAUGACUCUCGACAUGGAUACUGUCCUGUCAGACUUUGUUCGCUCGACGGGGGCAGAGCCUGGACUAGCACGGGACCUGCUUGAAGGAAAAAACUGGGACAUCACUGCAGCGCUCAGUGAUUUCGAACAACUCCGCCAGGUGAAUGCUGGGAAUUUACCUUACUCUUUUAAUGAAGGACGAGGGGUCAAAAUGCAGGAAAAGGAACCAUCAAGAGUUGGGCGGUCUGUACUGCAGCGACAGGAUGACCCAGUACCAGAGAAGCGGCUGACUCGGGGAAUCUCUCAUGCCAGCUCCACCAUUGUUUCUCUAGCACGUUCCCACAUGUCGAACAAUGGCAGCAAUGAGCAUUCGGUGGAUACUCCUAUCUGCACCUUCCAACUGCCUGAUCUGACUGUUUAUCGCGAAGAUUUCCGGAACUUCAUUGAGAGAGAUUUAAUCGAACAGUCCAUGCUCGUGGCUCUGGAGCAAGCUGGACGUUUAAAUUGGUGGGCAAAUGUUGAUGCCAGCUGCCAGCGCUUGUUACCCCUAGCAACUACUGGUGAUGGGAACUGUCUGCUUCAUGCUGCUUCAUUAGGGAUGUGGGGAUUCCAUGAUCGGGAUCUAAUGUUAAGGAAGUCUCUGUAUUCCAUGAUGGAGAAAGGAGGGGAGAAAGAAGCUUUGAAAAGGAGGUGGAGGUGGCAACAAACACAACAGAACAAGGAGGUAAAUAACUCUCAGCAACACGCAAGCCCUCCUCCUCAUCGUGUCUUGCGGUCUGUGUCUGGGCUUGUUUACACUGAGGAGGAGUGGCAGAAGGAAUGGGACGAGUUGAUAAAGCUGGCAUCCAGUGAACCACGUAUUCAUUACGGAACCAAUGGAAGUGGCUGUGGAGGGAGAUUGCCAACGACGACCUUCCCUGCUCUCAACAGUGUGGACAGCUCGGAGGAACCUGUGUACGAGAGUUUGGAGGAAUUCCAUGUCUUUGUGUUAGCACACGUCCUGCGAAGGCCGAUUGUGGUAGUAGCCGACACCAUGCUCAGAGACUCGGGUGGAGAAGCAUUUGCUCCCAUACCAUUCGGGGGCAUCUACCUGCCACUCGAGGUUCCAGCCAACAAGUGCCAUCGAUCCCCACUGGUCCUGGCCUAUGAUCAGGCUCACUUCUCUGCACUGGUAUCCAUGGAACAGAGAGAGACCAGCAAAGAACAAGGUACUGAUGCAGCCGUGAUUCCUCUGACUGACUCUGAACACAAGUUACUUCCGGUACAUUUUGCAGUGGAUCCAGGGAAGGAUUGGGAAUGGGGACAGGAUGACAAUGACAAUGUGCGAUUAGCUAGUGUGACUCUCUCAUUGGAAGCCAAGCUCCACCUGCUGCAUACCUACAUGAGUGUGACCUGGAUCCAAGUGGCCUGUGAAGCCCAGCAAGCUCCCCUGGCCCAGCCCGAGUCUCCCAGUGCCUCCGGAGGGGAUGAUACCAGGUCGGUGGCUGAGUCUGGAGAAUCCGACAAAGAGUCAGUGUGCAGCAGCUCCAAUGGGAACAGUAGCAAGGCCGGUAGCAAGGAGAAAACCAAGAAAGACAAGGACAAGAGGAGAGCAGAGUCAGUGGCGAAUAAACUGGGCAGCUUUGGUAAGAGUCUGGGCAGCAGGCUGAAGAAGAACAUGGGCUUUAUCCACAGUAAGGGCAGCAGAGGGAAUGGGCAAAACGGCACGUUGGAGAAGACCAGGAAGAAGGGAUCUCUGAAGUCGCAGAAAGGAGGCAAAGAGGGCGGCCUGACAGAAAGCAGUUCACCUGGAGACAGAGUAGGGGGUAGCAAUCUGGCGAAAUCACAGCCUGCUGACCCUUACAGGUACAGUAAUGACGUAAAGCUCAGCCUCAGCAUUCUACGAGCGGCCAUGCAGGGAGAACGCAAGUUCAUCUUCACAGGGCUACUUACCACCAGCCACAGGCACCCGUACCAGGAGGAGAUGAUCCAACGCUAUCUGACCGAUGCUGAGGAGCGUUACUUUGCAGAGCAGGAGCAGAAGGAGGCGAAUAAGAGAGCGCCGUCAAACAGUAGCACAGUCAAGAAGGCUGAUCAGGAGCUGUCUGCUCAAGCCAGGUUUGACUCGCAGGAGCGUCUGGUUGAGGACUCUGUCAGUGAGCUUCCUGUUAACCCUUAUAGCCCCUCAGCUCAGGGCUACAAUAGCCAGAGUGGGCCGCAGUCCCACACAGCAAAAUUUCCCAACUACCAGGACCCUCCGUUCUCUGGCAUUCUUUCCAUCCCUCGACCCAGCCUGGUAAUGACGGAGUUUAACUCCCCACAGCCCAGCUACAAGGAGACUAGGCGACAGGUUGCUGGUGGCUCCUACAAUAACCUGCCCUCCUACGCUACCCUGCCCAGGCAUUGCGGGCAAGGACACUCUGCUGUGGGCAGCCCUGCCCACUCCUCCUGCCACCCGCCCCCAACAGAGACAGAUGAGCCUCCUGAUUACCCCACCUCCUCCUGCAACAGCUCCUACCACAGCUUCAGCAAUGGCUUCACAGAGCAGUCGGACUGCUUGGGGCCGGAGGGCUCCCAGGACCCAGUCAAAGGCAGGAACCUCUACUCCAUCCAACAGACACGCUGUCGCCAGACAAACUGCAACUUCUAUGGGCACCCGGAGACGGGGAACUACUGUUCAUGUUGCUACAAGGAGGAGCUGAGAAAGAGGGACAGGGAGCCCCUGUCUCACAGGUUCUGAGCUCAGCACUUUAUCCUGCAGCUCAGGCUCUGAGCACAAGAUGGGAGAUGCAAUAAUGGCUGCCCUUGGAGGUAAGGGGCAGAGGAGGAAGAUCCCACGGGUAGAGGCCAGAGUCAGGUCAGGCCCCGGGAGAGUCCACGUUAGACGAAAGUACAAGUUUUGAAAUGUUAACUUUUUCUUUUGAUCUUGCCUCCUUUAUUUCUGCAGUAAGCCCCCUCAGCCGUAUAUUUUGCAGAGAUGUUGGUUGGUAUUUUUGGUUUACUGAGCAUUACGUGUGACAUGCAAGGCAGAAACUGUUAGUAUUUCAUUCCUUCUCUCCAGAACACUCCACAGGGACACAAAUCCCCACUUCCUCUCCUCUGUCCCUAACCUGAACCACAGCAGGAACCUGAGGGAGAGGAACCACAGCAUAAAGCAGGAGGAACCUCUCUUCAAAAGCUGGCUGGCUUUCGAGAGACUGUGCUCGUCCGCAGUGUGGCCUAAAACUGACAGAGGUCUCACAACCUCUGAUGUUCUCCAGCACUGCAGUCCCUACGUUGUCGCUGCUUUGUAUGGGAGCAAGGCCUGAGGUCUCCAGACAGAGCCACUGACAGCCAUGAGCUUAUCUGCUUGGAGUGGAGUUGAACAAGAAAGUCAUGGUAGCAGAUGGAGGGACGUACAGAAGCCUCUGUGCUUUGGUCAGAUGGCUCUGUGGGUCAUCUGGACAUACAUACAGCUCAUAAUAAUGGUGCAGGCUUUCCCCCAGCUCUGGGUCAUAGCUCUGUGUGUGUGUGCGCAUGUGUGUCCUGUCCUCGCACACUGGUUGUGUCUGUGUGCAAGACCUCCCCCCUACACUUGCUGUCUGUGUGUGUGCACGGCGUGUUCCACCACGCUCGCUCUGUGUGUGUGUGUGUGUGUGUGUGUGUGUGUGUGCGUGCGUGUGCGUGCACGGCCUCUUCCACCACACUCGUUGUAUGUGUGUGUGUGCACGGCCUCUUCCACCACACACGCUCUGUGUGUGUGUGUGUGUGUGUGUGUGUGAGUGCGUGCAAAUGACCUCUCCCUGCACCCUUGCUGUGUCUCCGUGUUCUGCCAGUGAGAUUGCAAAGUGCUGUAAUUCCUGCUCCAUUCAGACCUGGCUGUUAAAUCAUGGGUUAUGACCUGAUAACUACUGUUCAAGUCAGGAGCUCCGUUCCUGCAGCAGUUCCCAUCACUGACAUAUCCCCAGGGAUUGUAACAAAAGGUGCUCUGUUAGCUUUUCUCCCUGAAGUUAACUAAUCGCAUCCAGGAUCUAGCCACGUUGAAUAAUGUUUUGUUUAGAGUUUGUUAAUUGAGCAGAAAAUAAAUUUCUUUCCAUUUAUUUAACAUAACUUGCAGCAAUAAAAGAUUUUAGGUACUGUGUCUACCAUGGUUCAGUGUUAGAGCACUGUCAGAGGGUCAGUGCUGAGGGAGCACUGCUCGGUCACAGCUGAGCUAAAGGAUUGUCUCUGCAGCUCUCAUCUCUGCUUGCAAAGCACUCCAGCAUUCCUAAAUCCAUAUUAAAGAUGGGUCACACUUCUUUGCAUCAGGAUCGAAGAAGGUUUGUGAUGCCAGGGCUGUCUGUGAGAGAGGGGUGGUGGUGAAGAGAAUGCUUUCUCAGUCUCAACUUCAUCACUUUCCCUAUAACACUAAUCCUAAUCCACUGUCCCUUAUUCCGCCCCCCUGUCCUCUUACUCGGCCCUAAUGGAAAAGUUCAGCUUUGAAGUGUAAGUUGUUAUAAUAGAGCCUGCUGCAUUGGUUCCAUUGUCACUGGAUUACUCAAUGCCACAGAGAGUGAGCAACUGGCCACGUGGUCAUUCAGAAGCUUGUAUUGAGCACAACUUUUUCCACUAGUUAGUGUUCAUUUUAUCUCCAAUGCUGCCCCCACUGUGACUGUCCUCAGGAGUGAGAUAGAGAAGGAUGGUGUAAAAAGGAGGGGGAACAAUUGGUGUCACUGACUCCAGCUUCGGAUUUCUCACUGCUGCUGUCUGUGCCCAGUCAGGAAGGUACAGACUUGGGCAUUGAACUGAUGGUUAGCUGUUUGAGGGGGUAGAAGAAGAUGUGCAAUUGACGCCUGGUUCAUGUCACAUUGUAAAACCUGUAGAUCUACCCCCAGCAUUGUAGUCACUUGGCAUUAUCUGACUUUUGCUUCCCAGAGGUGCCAGCUCUGCAGGCACUGGUGUACCUUCCAGAGAGAGAUAUCUGCAAGGAUACACAAGUGGGUCAGCAAAGGAAGUAAGAUACCAUUAAACACAAGAGCUCAACACUGAUAUGGGAGCUCUCUCUUUAUUAUUGCUACCUUUGCAUUUAGAAACCUUGAAUGUUAUUUUUGUGGUAGAGUUGAGGGUGGAAUGGGAAAGAGAUGAUAUUUAGUGAAACCAAGCUGGGGCACGGAGUUCUGGUGGCACUUGUACCCCAGUCGACUGCAGGUUGGAAGUCUCAGCCCAGCAAGUUCUGGGGCCAGGAGUAACCAUUCAGGCCUGGGCCUUGGAACCCUGUUGCCUUGUUGAUGAAAAUUGUAAAUUGAUACUGUACAAAGUUAAUAAUUUUUAAAACCUCACAUGAGCAGCCAGAUCCUUCCAGAAGUUUUGAUUUUCCCCCAAGCCCCCAUGGAGAUGACUGAGACUGCUGAGUGUUGUUUAUCUCUGAGAGGUUUGAAUGGUCCAGUGUGUAACACACAUGACUUUCUGUAAAUUUUGAAUGCUGUAUGUUAGUUAGAAUGUACAGAACAUAGGACAUUUCUUUAAUCACACUAUUUUUGGAAUAAACUGAAAAGUGAAUAAA